AAAAAAGUAAAGAAAGAAAAACCGCGUUUAUGCUAUUUCUUUCUCUUUGUAAAAGGUCACGUGCAAGCGCUCAUUCAAGCCCAAUCUCUUUGAAUCUCAGCACUCAGAAAAAAUUUCCAAACCUCCAAGCUUAUAACUGUACUUUCUUUCUUUCUUAAAAAGGCUUUCCCUUCGUGUUGACAUAAAUGUCAGCAUACACCAUUUAUGAAGAGCUCUUUCCACCUCAAACUGUCGAACAAGUUGAGACAUGUCACUUUACUUCACCUGACGCGAUUAAUCUUAUAGUUGCGAAAGCCUCAUUAUUACAAAUCUAUCAGUUUGUAGAAUACGUACCCAAUGCAGAAGAAGAGGACGAAGUGUUAUCUGAUAAUGAAUUAGCAAAAGAAAGACUUAAUGAUACAGAAGAUAGGAACUUGACAUAUCCAAAAUUAAAACCGUUGAAGAAAGAUGCUGUAGUGGACUCAACGUCAGGAAGACUCGAGCUGGUUGCACAAUUCAACCUGCACGGUGUUAUAUCUACAAUGGGUACAGUUCGAACAAACUCUUCUCGUGGUAAAGAAGGAUGUGAUAGCUUGCUGCUAGGAUUCAGCGAUGCCAAGAUGUCUUUAUUGGAGUGGUCUUCAGCAACAAAUUCGAUUGUUACCGUGUCAAUCCAUUAUUAUGAAAGAGAUGAGUUCAAGAAAGAGUUCCUGGCAAAUCCAAAUCCGUCAUCUAUACAUAUCGACCCUCAACAGCGAUGCGCAAUUUUGAAUUUUUAUGAUAACAAGUUGGCAGUAUUACCUUUUCGACAAACUGACAAACUUGAUGAACGUCCAGGAGAUGCGGAUGAAGAUGAGGAAAAAUGGCCUUAUCAAUCAAGCUUUGUUAUUGACCUGUCAACACUAGAUUCCCGUAUAAAGAAUAUCAUUGAUAUGUCAUUUCUAUCAGAUUAUUAUGAACCUACAUUGGCAAUCCUGUUUCAACCUGAACAGACAUGGACAGGACGACUCGCCAACAACAAAGAUACAGUAUCGCUUGUCGUCAUCUCUCUUGAUUUAACAGCAAAGGUUUAUCCAAUCAUUUAUUCUAUUGACAAAUUACCUUAUGAUUGCCUUAAACUUGUGCCUAUGCCCAAACCAGUAACAGGCAUGCUCGUGAUCGCUGCUAAUUCCUUGCUACACGUCUCUCAAGGUUCACCUGGUGUGGGUGUUGCUGUGAACGGAUACACAAAAAAGACGACUGAUUUCCCUGGUAUGCUUUACGAGCCCGAACUUAUCAAUCUAGGAUUUUCCCUGGAAGGCGCAAAGGCAUUGACCUUUGGAGGAGAUCGCUGUUUGAUAUUCAUGCAGAAUGGGAACUGGGCUCUAGUUCAAUUCAAAAUGGAUGGCAGCAAGGUGGUAGGUAUGGAUAUCGUAGAGAUCAAGCAUACUAUACCUUUGAUGGUCAAGAAGCCUCAUCAGUUUGAUACUCCUCCUUUGUUGGCAACAGUACCUUCCUGUAUUACCAAUGUCAAACAGAACGAAUACUUCUUUUUGGGAAGUCGAGUAGGCGACUCUUUGCUCAUCAAAUACUGUCCAGAACUCAUGAACAGCACAUCUUUGCGCAAUGAUCCUCAGCAUGUAUUCCGUGUAUGCGAUACAUUAUUAAACACUGGACCUAUUGUAGAUAUGGCAGUGGGCGAUGUUCAAAGCCAUGAAAAACCUCAGCGUGAAGACAACAAUGAUGGCACCUUACCAGAACUCGAAUUAGUGACAGCAUCUGGUCAUGGCAAAAACGGUGCGCUAUGUGUCUUCCAGCGACAUAUAUACCCAGAGACGUCCUUUUCGUUUCAUCAGUUUGAUAGUCAGGCCAUCUGGUCUAUCAAAUGUCGAAAGGAGCAACCUUACGAUGUUCAAAAAGCGGCAAAAGAGGAACACAGUCGAUGGGAACGUACCAAAGAUGAUGACACCUUUGACCGACUAUUGUUUAUCAGUAAAUCCAAGAGCACGCUCGUCUUGUCUGCCGGCGAUGAAUUACAAGAACUUGUUGGGACUGGAUUUUAUACACGUGGGCCUACAGUCGCAGUCAGCACCUUGUUUGAUUCAACGCGUAUUGUACAAGUGUAUGCAACUGGCGUGAUGAUGUUGACUCCAGAGGGCAAGAGGGUUCAGACGGAAUCUAUUCGAGGCGCUAAAAUUAUCGAAGCUAGCAUACGUGAUCCCUACAUCAUUUUAACGCUUGAUAAUAAUAAAAUAUUGGCUUUACAAGGUGAUGCUUCAACAAAAGACAUUAUUCGUAUUCAGUUACCGAAUCAUAUAAAAGAUAUUGGAGCUUCUUUAUCGGGCAUUUUUGCAGAUACAUCUGGAUUAUUCCUUAGUAUAUCAGAAAAGGUCAAGGUAAUAGAAGCUGCUAAAGCCGCCGCGCUUCAAGCAGCAGAAUCCAAGGCUCAACAACAAAAGAAACGAAAGGCAGAAGAAGAACAUGUGUCGAUGAAAAAGAAGAUGAGCAAAACGGCAGGCACCUAUGAAUUCGACGAGGUCGACAUGGAUCUUUAUGGUGAAGAGAUUUUGGAUGAUGGCGACUCAUCUACUGUUGUUAACAACCAAAUCAAUGAGGAAGCAGCAGAUGUGCCUGAAGCGACCGAUGAAGAAAAGAUUGAUGAAAUCAAUGUUAGUCUUCAAGGUGUAGAGAUUAAUGAGAUGACACGCGUUAGCUUUUGGUGCUUUAUCUAUACAACAGCAGGGUCUUUCAACAUUUACAGCCUUCCUGACUUUAAGGAAUGCUUUACGUGUCCCCAGUUCAAUAUUGCACCUGACCUAAUUGUCGACAGUGAACAAGGACAGAAGCCAAAGAUGAAUGCUGGUAAUAUUCAAGAGAUUUUGAUGACAAACAUUGGUAAAGAAAGAAAAGAUCCGCAUCUGGUUGCUCGAACAGAUACCAAUGACAUCGUCAUCUACAAGGCAUUCAGUUACCUAGAUGAAUCAGCCACGGAUAAUGACCGACUGGCUCUUCGAUUCUCUCGUGUUCAUCAUGAGUAUGUCUCCAAGAACACUCCUUCAACCACGACAAACAAGAAAUCAAAGAAAAGAGGAAUCAUUGAUGCAUUUGAAGUUCCAGAUGGAGACUUGGAAGAAGAAGAAGAAGACUUGAAAACGUCACGAAAGACAGAAAGAAAGCACCUUCGCAAACUACUUAUACCUUUUACAGAUGUGGCAGGUUAUGCAGGCAUCUUCCUUGCCGGUCCUCAACCCGCAUGGUUAAUGUGUUCAUUCAAGAGCUUUGUGCGUGUACAUCCUAUGAAAACAGAACAUGAAAUCGUCGGUUUUACACAAUUUCAUAACGUUAACUGCAAACAUGGGUUCAUCACCUUAGAUUCCAAGUCUGACAUCCGUCUAUCAAGACUACGUACAGAUGGAGUUAACUACGACCUGGAUUGGGUUAUACAAAAGGUCCCACUAGGACAAACUGUGCACAAGAUUCAGUACCAUCCCAUCAUGCGCGUUUAUGCCGUCUUGGUGUCUCAGGCUGUACCCGUCCGAAUGAAGAAUGACGAUAAUCAAUAUAUCGACGGAAAGGAAACGGACGAAAGAGCACCUGGUGAAUUUUUACCAGAACUAAACAAGUUUUCCAUGGUGAUGGUAUCUCCUGUCACAUGGGAAAUUGUAGAUACAGUAGAAUUUGAAGAGUUUGAGCAGUGCUUUUCGUUAGAAUGUGCCUUGUUGGACUCAAAGCAAACGAGUACAGGAAGAAAAUAUUAUGUCGUGGUAGGCACAGGAAGUCUAAAGGGUGAAGAUACGACAAUGAAGGGAUCUAUACGCAUAUUUGAUAUUAUUGAAGUAGUACCUGAACCAGAUAAUCCACAAACUAAUCACAAAUUUAAACGUAUUCUUACUGAAGAUGUAAAGGGUGCAGUAACAGCAAUGUGUACAGUAAGUGGCCACUUGACAGCCUGUAUUGGCUCUAAAGUGAUUGUGUGGAGCUUGGAAGACGAUGAACGACUGGUUGGUGUUGCGUUUAUUGAUGUACAGAUAUAUGUGACAAGCAUGAGCUCUAUCAAGAACUUUAUCUUGAUUGGUGAUGCGCAAAAGUCGAUCUGGUUCUUGGGUUUCCAGCUUGAGCCGGCAAAGCUUUCGUUGCUGGGUAAAGAUUAUCAAUCAUUUGAUGUUGGCUGUGUAGACUUUAUUAUUGAUGACAAGUCAUUGUAUCUUGUUGUUGGAGACACAAGCGAGAAUAUUGAUUUGUAUCAAUACGCACCUUUCAAUUUACAGUCAUUUGGUGGUCAAAAAUUAAUGCGACGUGGUGAUUUCCAUGUUGGAUCUCAAGUUCAAACGAUGGUGAGAUUACCACAGAUAGAAAAGUCAGAUAAAGGACUAGCGUAUAGUAGAAGACACUUUUGUUUAUGUGGUACAUUCAAUGGAUCCAUCUCAGUUAUAUCACCCAUAUCAGAAAAGACCUUUAAGCGAUUGAAUACACUUUAUGGUCAGCUUGUCAAUAACUUACAACACGUAGCCGGUUUGAACCCAAGAGCAUUUAGACUAAUUAAGGGGCCUAAACAAAGGAUGUCUUCUAACCGUACCAAGGCAGUUCUUGACGGUGAUUUGGUAUUUUCAUUUGCUGGUUUGUCUAUAGAAGAACAAAAGGAAACCACAAAACAGAUAGGAACAACGGUUACUCGUAUCAUGGAAGAUUUAGUAGAUAUUGAAUGUAGUAUAAAUCACUUUUAAAAAAAUAAAGCCGAAUGAUUUGUGUGUAACUAUUCAUACUCCG